AAACAAGGUACCUGGCUGGUGGUGUGGCGAACUACCCGCGAAAGGUGCCGCGUGGCAUUCUGUGUAUAAUGGUUUUAGUUGUAUAAGUAUAAUUUGGAGGCAGAUGUCUACGAGUUUCCGUAAAUAUAUCGCUGCACAUACAUGUGACUGAUAUUAAAAUGCGCUAGCUUUAACUGUGCUUGAAGUGACGCUGUCACUGCGCUGCUUAUUGAGUUGUCUCUGCGUGUGAUACAUAAACGUGACUUGCUUAGACGUAGUAUUUCUUAACGGAUAGCUUUAAUCCGGAUUCGUUGCUUCUGAAAUUACGUAACGCCAGUCAGAAGUUACCCGUGUUAAUGUAACAGUCGGGUCUGUAUUAACUGGGGACGUUUCAGCCGAACGCGUCCGUUGUUGUCUUGGUUACGACGGCCGUUCUUAUAGCUGUCCUCGUGAAUGCCGCUUGGUUUAAUUGUGUAAUACGGUGUUUAAAUUGAAUACCGUAUUACACACAUUUUAAAUUAUAUAUUAGGAUGUAUAUAUGAUCAUAUAUACAUCCUAAUAUAUAAUUUAAAUAUUAAACAAUGCGGCAUUCACGAGGGUAGCUAUACGUGUUCUCUUCCUAUUUUCAACAACGGACGCGAUCGGUUCACAGUCGCCAGUUAACACGGUCGCUUCUUAAACCGUAACACCGGGGAACGCCGUUGUGUAAUAUAGCGGUAUUUUCUAUUGAGAGAAUAUACACCUUUUAACUUGUUGCCGCCCAGGGGGCUGUGGGUGUUUACGUGUUAACAACUUAGGUAUAAUAACAACAUAUAAUUAUGUUUCUCAGCAAAGUAAAUGACACAUGAUAUAUAUAUAUAUAUAUAGUAAGCAGUUUUCAAAUGUUAUAAACAAACUCACACAAUGCUUAAAUAAUAAUAAAACAUUUUUUAAUUAAUAACUUUCUAAUUUUUCUAAUUUGCAUGUUUUGAACCUCAUAAGUAAUAUAAAUAUGAGAUAUAUAGUCUGGUACAUGAGGCGCCCAAUGUGCCCAUUUUGAAGACCUCACCUGCAUGUCUUCACGAACAAGACCGUUGUUUUUAUAACUUUGUUCUGCUUCACUUUUUCAAAGUCAGACUUAGAAGAGAUACUGUUAAUAUGUUGUGCUAUUAUUUUAAGGAAGUACAAACAUUUCCAGCUGCAUCAUUCCAAAGAGAUCAUAAUAAUAAUAAGUGCUUUUUACAAGGCGAAGCUGACACUUUCAAAUGUAUGCUCUAUGCCGUCUUCAUUUAAUCUGGACCAGUAACAUAGGCUGAUAACAUUUCCACUUCUGAAGUAUUUCUCACAAGUAUUUCCUUUUUAUUAUAACUUCAAUUAUUCAAAUUGCUCUUGAAGUAGAGGAGAUGCACUGUUUCGUAUGAGGUAUGCAAACUGUCGCAAUUUUAUGUGAAAAAUGGCUUUGUUGUCAAAAAGUUCAAAUGGACAUACUCUGAACCAAACGGGGAUAAACGCAUACAAGAAAAAAAUACAUUAAAUCAAGAAUAAUAACAUCAACUGUUCUAGGAAGUGUUCUAAUAGCGUUACACUUGGUGCAGCAGGGAAAUACAUCAAGAUAUAUAGCAGACGUACAAUAAAAUGUACUAAUGUGUACAUCUAUGAAAGUUGGGUCGUUGCGUACACAGUGAGGACCAGGAACAAAGGGACGUUUGUGAAGUGACGUCCGAUGUUCGUCCGCACCUGGCAGGUGGACAGCAGCGCCGAGUCGGCGGAAGCGGCGUGCGACAUCCUCUCCCAGCUGGUGAACUGCUCCCUGAAGACCUUGGGGCUCAUUUCUACAGCCAGGCCCAGUUUCAUGGAGGUUCCUAAGUCUCACUUCAUCUCAGCCCUCACCGUGGUGUUCGUCAACUCCAAGUCGCUGUCUUCGCUGGAGAUCGACGACACGCCGGUGGACGACCCGUCCCUGAAGGUGCUGGUGGCCAACAACAGGGACACCCUGAAGCUGCUGAAGAUGAGCAGCUGCCCGCACGUCACCCCGGCAGGCAUCCUGUGUGUGGCAGACCAGUGCCACGGCCUGAGGGAGCUGGCUCUGAACUACCACCUCCUGAGCGACGACCUCCUGCUGGCCCUCUCCUCGGAGAAGCACGUGCACCUCGAACAUUUGCGCGUCCAGGUGGUGAGGGAGAACCCCGGCCGGCACUUCCACGCCAUCAAGAAGAGCAGCUGGGACGCCGUGGUGCGCCACUCGCCCGAAUUCAACCUGGUCAUGUACUUCUUCCUCUACGAGGACGAGUUCGUCCCGUUCUUCAGCGAGGAGGUGCCGGUCACGGAGCUCUACUUCGGCCUCUCCGUCAGCAAGGAGGUGCUGGGUCGCGUCGGCCUCCACUGCCCCCGCCUGGCGGAGCUGCUGGUGUGCGCCAACAGCCCGCGGCCCCUGGACGAGGAGCUGGUCGGCAUCGCCGAGCGCUGCCCCCGGCUGUCGGCCGUCGCCCUGGGCGAGUGCGAGGUCUCCUGCGGCGCCUUCGUGGAGUUCGUCAAGACGUGCGGCCGCCGGCUCUCGCAGCUGUCCAUCAUGGAGGAGGUGCUGAUCCCAGACCACAAAUACUCCCUGGAUGAGACCCACUGGGAGGUCUCCAAGCACCUGGGCUGGGUGUGGUUCCCAGACAUGAUGCCGACCUGCUAGCGCGGAGCCGAGGAGGCGAGCUCGUGGCGUGGAACGGUCACGGCCUCCGUGUUGUGGAAAAGCGAGUUGGGACGAGGUGAAGCGACGUGAUGCGUCACCUGACCGCGACGCAGUGUCAUCACGCCACGCUUCAUCUGCAGCGAGGCCUCCUCCACAUGGUAAACAAUCAGCACACAGGUGUGUGUGUGUCUUCGUUCAUGUGAGGACACGUAUGUGACGCAGUGCUGUGGUGUGUGUACAUUUUAUGAGUUGAUAAAAGCAAAGUCUCCGGAUGUGAAUCCUCGACUUACUUUGACUCGGGCUUUAGGAAAAAGCUGAAAUUAACUGGUAGAAAUCUGCAUAAACCUCGUUGGUCCCCCAAAGUCAAACAAAAGAAGAGAUGAAUUUGACAACUCGUCUUUUUAUAAAACGUUGAGCCGGCCGGUCCACAGAGUUGUACAGAACCUCUGAGCCCAUUCCCUCUGACCCGUGUGGACUACGACGGAGAGGCCUGCUGACCGCCGGUGCUCUCGUGCUAAUGUUAGCAUCUCAGCCGCAUAUCUGCGCACUUUGUCCAUAAAGCGCAUUAAAGGCGUCGUGGUGCCACCUGUCGUCCUGCUCGUCUGCUUUCAUCGGGCCGUGUCAGUCGGUCUAAACGCGUUUUAUUUCAUUCCCUCGUGUCGGGGGUCCGCUGGCGGCGACCACGCCGGGCCUCACGUCGUUUUAGACGUUUUACUUACAAUAAAAACAUUGAAUAUUC